UUGUUUCAAUUUUAUAGAGUGUUCUACGAUAAUGAAGUGAAAAGUGUUUAUAACGACGAUGAGAUGUCAGGAUUAACAUACAAUAAAGAGAGUCAGACAUUCCACAGAUCGCAUUCAUCAACCUCGAAGGAGGAUGCCCCGUCCACCCGCUGCAGCGGAUCAGGGGUGCCUCUCACCCUUGGGGUAUGUUACGGCUCAAUAGCCCUCUUCAGUGCUGUCCUCCACAAUGUCUUCCUGCUGUAUCACAUCGAGACAUUCGUUUCCAUCUACAAAAUUAACAAAGCCUCAUUCUGGAUUGGCGAGACUGUGUUUCUACUGUGGAAUUCAUUGAACGAUCCUCUAUUUGGUUGGCUGAGUGAUAAGGGAUAUUUAAACAGUAAAGGGAACACUACCCAAAGUGCAGUUAUUCUCCAUAGAUUACGAGCGUUAUCAUGGAAUGGACCUCUUCUAGGAAUCGCCUUUUUAGGAUUCUGGUUUGCCUGGGGCAACCCCACCGUGCAAUUUAUUCUAUGUUUGUGCAUAUACGAUGGAUUCCUUACAAUGGUCGAUUUACACCAUAGUGCCUUAUUAGCCGAUCUUGCAGUUUCCGCCAAAACUAGGACACGUCUGAAUUUUUAUUGCUCUGUGUUUAUGGCAUUAGGUAGUCUUUCUGUGUUUCUGUCAUAUACUGUAUGGAAUCGAGAAAGUUUUGCGUCAUUCCAGUUUUUCUGUGCAGGACUUUCAGCAUUCUCUAUCGUAGGAUUCUUGUGCAGUACAACUGUAUUAAGGAGGUUUUAUGUGCAGAAAAGUAAAAAUGAAGAAAACGAAAAUGAAGAGUCCCACUUUAGGCCAUCAGGACAUGUAGAGACAUCAUCAGAAGUUGUUCCCAAGGCAUCAAAAUUUUAUAUUUAUAUUAAACAACUUGCAACUCAGAAAAACUUCAUAUGGUUCGCUGGUAUGAACCUUAUACAGGUGUUCCAUUGCCACUUUAACAGUAAUUUCUUCCCCUUGUUCCUGGAGAAUCUGUUGGGAGAUGCUAUAACACCUUCCACUGGCUCAAUUCUGCUGGGUGUUUCAUUUGUGGCACCACAUUUUAACAACUUAUAUUUCCUGACGCUGUGUCGUAAAUAUGGCGUGUACAAAGUGAUACAAUGGCUGUUUUAUGUGAAACUUUUGCUCAGUGGUGUCAUGCUUACUGUUGGACCAAACAAUAUACCAGUUCUCUGCCUUUUUAUUGCAAGCAACCGUGUGUUUACCGAGGGAACAUGUAAACUCCUGAAUCUAGUCAUAAGCGAUUUGGUUGACGAGGACUAUGUCUUACAUAGUAGAAAACAGGCUGUCUCCGCUCUCAUGUUUGGUACAGCUGCACUCGUGUCAAAACCUGGACAGACACUGGCACCACUUAUAGGCACCUGGCUUCUAACACAACAGACAGGUCACGACAUCUUUAAAUCUGGCGAUAAAGUGGGGAGCAUAAAAAUGGACAUUAAAGAUAUGACAUUAACUGACCAAACCACGUAUAAGACUGGUUGUUUCCAUUUACUGAUCUAUGUUCCAAUAGCCUGUGCAAUACUCCAGAUUUUAGCAUGGUCACAAUUUUCUUUGCAUGGGAAAAGACUGCGCUGGGUGAAAGCUGUACGCGCUGGAGCUCAUUACGCAACCGUUUGAUUAAAUCUAUCUUGAUUAAAUCUAUGUCAUUUAGCUGUCAUUCCUAAGAUCUCAAAAUCUGAAUUCAUUCAAAAGUGAAUUUUUGUUUUUUUAAACUUGAAUGUUUCAAAAUUAUUUUGAAAUGAAUUAUUUUUGUACAGGUCGUUUCAGUGGACCAACAACCAUUCAAAAUUCUCAUAAGCCACAUUAUAGAAUUAGGACUGUUUUUCGGCUUGUUUUUUUUUUGUAAGACAUUUUUUAUUAGUAAGGUUUACAAAUUUCUCUGAAUAUCUAAAAAUGGCCAAUUGUCAGUUCUUACAUUUUACUGUGAUGUCACAUUCCAUUCUAUUAUGUCCUCAAAAUGAUAAUUAAAA